UGACACUUCAGCUUCCAGCUUAAAUUCAUUCUUCAAAAGCACCCCAAAGCAACUGACAAUAUGCCCGGUCACAUCAAGAAGAGCGAGGGACCUGAUCCAGAUCCGUCUCCAUGGUUGAUCGUGUCUGAUCAGUUGAAAGUCAAGCUAAAGGCCAAGCCUUAUGAUCCAAAGAAGUCAUGCUGGGUCCCCGACAAAGCCACCGGUGGGUACUUUGAAGGUCUUAUUGACUCUACUGAUGGAGACAAGGUCACCGUGACCAUCCUGGAGACCAAAGAUAAAAAAGUCUUUAAGAAGGAUCAAGUGGGUCAGGUCAAUCCUCCCAAGUUUGACUGCAGCGAUGACAUGGCUGGUUUGACUUACCUCAAUGACGCUUGCGUCUUGUGGAACUCGGUGAUUAGGUACAAGAACGAGCUUAUCUACACCUACUCUGGUCUCUUCUGUAUUGCCAUCAACCCCUACAAACGGUUCCCCAUCUACACUCAACGAGCCAUCGAUUUGUUCAUUGGCAAGCGGCGAACUGAAGCUCCUCCUCACAUCUUUGGUGUGGCUGAGGGAUCCUACCAGGGUAUGUUACAGGCAGGCAAGAAUCAGUCCAUCCUGAUCACUGGCGAGUCUGGAGCUGGAAAAACUGAGAACACCAAGAAGGUUAUUGCUUACUUCGCUGCUGUUGGUGCCUCUGGCAAGAAGAAAGAAGGCGAGGCUUCUCUUGAGGACAAAAUCGUUCAGACCAAUCCUGUGUUGGAAGCUUGGGGCAACGCCAAGACCGUGAGAAAUGACAACUCCUCGCGAUUUGGAAAGUUCAUCCGUAUCUGGUUCAACCAAGGUGGCAAGCUCUCUGGAGCUGACAUGGUUAUCUACCUCUUGGAGAAGUCCCGAUUGACUUUCCAAGCCGAGUUGGAGCGAUGUUACCACGCUUUCUACAAUCUGAUGUCGGACGCCGUCCCUGAUUUGAAGGAGAAGUGCCUUCUGUCUGACAACAUCUACGACUAUUGGUGGGUGUCCCAAGGAAAGACCUCUGUGGAUUCCAUUGAUGACAAAGAAGACAUGCAAUACGCUCAUGAUGCCUACAAGAUUCUUGGAUUCAGCGAGGAGGAGACUUACAACAUCUACAAACUCACCUCUGUCGUUAUGCACAUGGGAAACAUGACGAAAGACUUUGUGCCAGUGGGCAAAGAGGAGCAGGCUGAAAUCAAGUCCGAAGACAAUGCCAUCAAGGUUGCUGAGUUGUGCGGCAUUGAUGCCGAAUGGAUGAUCAACUACUUCUGCAAGCCCAAGCUCAAGGUCGGUACUGAAUGGGUCACCAAAGGUCAAACUUGCCCACAAGCAGCCAAUUCCGUGGCUGGUAUUGCUCGUAAGAUCUAUGAGCUGACGUUCCGUUUCAUCAUGGAGAAGUGUAACGAGACCCUUGUGGAUCCCACCAUGAAGAAGGUCCAAUACAUUGGAUGCUUGGAUAUUGCUGGCUUUGAGAUCUUCGACUACAACGGCUUCGAACAGAUCUGUAUCAACUUCUGUAAUGAAAAGCUUCAACAGUUCUUCAACCAGCACAUGUUCGUCUUGGAACAAGAAGAAUACGUUCGCGAAGGUAUUGAUUGGGCCAAUGUGGAUUUCGGUAUGGAUUUGCAGAAAUGUAUCGACAUGUUUGAGAAGCCCAUGGGUCUCCUGGCCAUUCUUGAGGAAGAAUCUCUCUUCCCCAAGGCCACUGAUCAAUCUUUUGCUGCCAAGUUGCACGAGAACUUGCUUGGAAAAUGCGAGAACUUCCAGAAGGCCAGUCCCAAGCCUGAUCCCCAUGCUCACUUUGCCGUGAUCCAUUAUGCCGCCACUGUUUCCUACAAUCUAACUUCGUGGCUAGAGAAGAACAAAGAUCCUCUUAAUGACACCGUAGUGGAACUGUUCAAGAAUGGAAGCAACAAGCUCUUGAUUGAGUGCUUUAAGGAUCACCCUGGCCAACCCAUGGAGGUCAAGAAGGAUGCUGGCGGCGGUGGCCGCAAGAAGGGAGGCGGCAAGACCGUGUCUUCUUUCUACAAGGGGCAACUGGAUGACCUUAUGAAGACCCUGUACGCCACUGAUCCGUCCUUCAUCCGUUGUGUGGUGCCCAACACUCAUAAGAAACCCGGAGCAGUGGAAUCUGGUCUGGUUAUGCAUCAAUACCAAUGUAACGGUGUCUUGGCUGGUAUUGCCAUUUGCCGCAAAGGAUUCCCCAACAAAGUCAUGUACCCUGAGUUCAAGGUUCGCUACAAUAUCCUGGCUGCUGGUGCUGUAGCCAAGGCUAAGAACGACAAGGCUGCUGCUAAGGCCGUUCUUGAUGUUGUGAAGCUGGAGCAAGAGAAGUACCGAUUGGGUCACACUAAGGUGUUCUUCAGGGCUGGUAUCUUGGGUUACAUGGAGGAGGUUCGAGAGGACAGGAUUGGAGAGGUCCUCUCUUGGCUUCAAUCUCAAGCUCGAGGAAAGGCUUCUCGCAUGGUCUUCAAGAAAAUGCAGGACCAGAAGUUGGCCCUGUACUGUUGUCAACGAACCAUCAGGAACUUCCGUAUUGGUCAAACUUGGCUUUGGUGGCAAUUGUGGUUGGCCAUUAAGCCCAACCUCAAGUGCACCAAGUUCGCUCAAUACAAGGCUGAGUAUGAAGAAAAGAUCGCCAUUGCCGAGAAAAACAUGGCCAAGGCUGUGGCUGAAUGCAAGAAAGUCACGGCUGAGCACGAGCGGUUAACCUCCGAAAAAUCCGAGCUUCAAUUGGCACUUCAGAGUGGUGGCUCCGCGGUUCAGGACAUCAUUGACAAAACAAACAGGAUUGAGGGCAUGAAGAAUGACUUGCAAAAGCAAGUGGAUGAAACCAUCACCCGAAUUCGGUCUGAGGAGGAUGCUAAGUCCAGCAUUGAAUCUCAGGGGGGCAAGGUGCGACAAGAUGCCGACAAACUUCGUGGGGACAUCAAGGUCUUAGAAGCUCAACUGGAACAAUGCGAAGAGGACAAGGUCACCAAGGAUGGUCAAAUCCGCACCCUCAAGGAAGAGAUUGUGCACCAAGAGGAGCUUAUUGCCAAGUUGCAAAAAGAGAAACGUGGAGUUGGUGAUAACCGCCAAAAGGCCGAGGAGGAUAUUCAGGCCAUGGAGGACAAAUGCAACCACUUGAACAAGGUCAAGAGCAAGUUGGAACAAUCUUUGGAUGAAGUUGAGGAUUCUCUAGAGCGCGAGAAGAAGUCGAAGGGAGAUGUGGAGAAAUUGAAGCGACGCGUUGAAGGGGAUCUGAAGCUUACCCAAGAGGCCGUGGCCGACUUGGAACGCGUUAAGGCUGAGCUGACUCAAACCAUUCAACGAAAGGAGAAAGAGUUAUCCAGCAUGUCUGCGAAGAUUGAGGACGAGCAAACCUUGGGUGGAAAAUACAGCAAGCAGAUCAAGGAAUUGCAAACUCGCUUGGAGGAGCUUGACGAGGAAUUGGCCAUUGAGCGCCAAAACCGCGCCAAGGCCGAAAAGAACCGAGCCACUCUUUCUCGAGAUAUCGAGGAUUUGGGAGAGAAGCUCGAAGAUGCCGGAAACAACACCUCCACCCAGAUUGAGUUGAACAAGAAGCGAGAGGCAGAGUUGACCAAGCUCAAGGGUGAGUUGGAGGAAUCCAACAUUGCUCAUGAAGGAACACUGGCUGCUCUGCGACAAAAGCAUAACAACACCAUGUCAGAGUUGGGAGAGCAAAUCGACUCCAUCAACAAGAUGAAGGCGAAGGCUGAGAAGGACAAGGGCAACAUGGAACGCGACUUGCAGGAUAACCGUUCCUCCCUGGAGGAGGCUAUGCGUGAGAGAGCCAAUAUUGAGAAAAAUGGCAAACUCACCCAAGGUUUGAUUGUGGAAGCUAACCAGAAGUUGGACGAGUUGGCUCGGGCUUUGAACGACGCUGAUUCCUCCAAGAAGAAGUUGAACGUGGAAAAUCAAGAUCUUCAACGCCAGAUUGAAGAUACUGAGAAUGCCAUCGCUCAAUUGGGCAAGCAAAAGAUCUCCUUGACCACCCAACUUGAGGACACCAAGCGGUUGGCUGACGCCGAAUCUCGAGAUCGCGCCUCUCUCUUGAGCAAGUUCAAGAACUUGAACACUGAAUUGGAGAGCCUCCGCGAGAGGAUUGAAGAAGAGUCCGAAAGGAAAUCUGAUCUCUUGAAGGGACUUUCCAAGUCCCAAGCUGAAGCUCAGCUGUGGAGAUCAAAGUACGAGACUGAAGGUCUCUCCAGGAUCGAUGAGCUCGAGGGCUGCAAAGGCAAACUUAAUGCUCGCUUGAACGAAGCUGAAGAGACGAUUGAGAGCUUGAACCAGAAGGUGUCCAGCACUGAGAAGACCAAACACCGUCUCGAGACUGAGCUUGAGGACCUCCAGCUUGAGUAUGAACGCGUUCAUGCUUCGGCUGUUAUUUCUGAGAAGCGUGGUCGCAACUUCGACAAGGUUGUUGGAGAAUGGAGAGCCAAGGUUGAAGAUCUCCAGGCCGAGAUUGAUGCCAGUAACAAGGAAGCCCGCAACUACAACAGCGAAUUGUUCCGUCUUCGUGCCGCAUGGGACGAAACCGUUGAGCAACUGGACGUGGUUAAGAGGGAGAACAAGAACUUGGCUGAUGAAAUUAGAGAUCUUUUGGAACAACUUGGAGAUGGUGGUCGAUCCAUUCACGAGUUGGACAAACAGCGACGCCGUUUGGAGGUUGAGAAAGAAGAACUUCAAGCUGCUUUGGAAGAGGCCGAGGCCGCUCUCGAGCAAGAGGAGAAUAAGGUCUUAAGGGCCCAAUUGGAACUUGGUCAAGUGCGACAAGAAAUCGACCGCAAGAUCCAGGAGAAGGAAGAGGAGUUCGAUAACACCAGAAAGAACCACCAACGUGCCAUGGAUUCGAUGCAAGCCUCUUUGGAGGCUGAGACACGUGCCAAGGCUGAAGCCUUGAGGAUCAAGAAGAAGUUGGAAUCCGACAUCAAUGAGCUUGAGAUUGCCUUGGACCAUGCCAACAAGGCCAACGCCGAGGCUCAUAAAUCCAUCAAGAGGUACCAAGGACAACUCAGGGAGGUUGAGGGUGCUUAUGAAGAAGAAUCUCGUCAACGCCAAGAGAUCUCCGAACGAGGGGGACUCGCCGAGCGAAAAGCCAAUGCUCUUCAGGGAGAGUUGGAAGAAGCUCGAGCCCUCUUGGACUCUGCCGAUCGCGGCAAGAAGCAGGCUGAUAUGGAAUUGGCUGAAGCUCGUGGUGCCGUCAAUGAGAUGACCAAUGUGAACAACCGAGCCAACUCUGAUAAGAGACGCCUUGAAUCUGUCAUCCACACUCUCCACGCCGAGAUUGACGAUAUGCUUCACCAAGCCAAGAACUCCGAGGAGAAGGCCAAGAAGGCUAUGGUUGAUGCCGCCCGCCUUGCCGACGAGCUCAGAGCCGAACAAGACCAUUCAAAUACCCAAGAGAAGCACAAACGGGCACUUGAAGGUCAAUUGAGCGAGUUGGACCAACGUCUGGCCGAGGCCAAUGAAAUGGCUGCCAAGUCUGGCCGCAACGCUAUGGCCAAGCUCGAAUCUCGUAUUCGGGAACUGGAGAUUGAGUUGGGCAACACCCAAGCCGGCACUUCCGAGACAUACAAGGCCUAUCAGAAGUCUGAACGCCGCAUCAAGGAGCUUCAGUUCCAACAGGAUGAGGACCGCAAGAACCAGGAGAGGAUGGGCGAGUUGGCCACCAAGCUUCAACAGAAGAUCAAGACCUACAAGAAGCAGAUUGAGGAGGCUGAGGAGAUUGCCGCUCUCAAUUUGGCCAAAUUCCGCAAGGCCCAACAAGAACUGGAGGAGGCUGAGGAUCGCACGAAGAUGGCCGAGGGCCAACUUUCUGUCCGCUCCUUCCGAGGUGGCAGCGUCUUCUAAGGAAGUUGGCCAUUGGCCACCGACCCAAAAUGUAGAAUCCCUUUUCCCUCGUCCAUUUCUUCAAGUUUCCACACCCUUACCCUUUUCCACAAAUGAUCUUCUAGACUGCAAAUUAGAGCCAAGAGCCAUUUGUGGGAGCUUAGAACAAAUCAGCAUCACAAAACUCACAAAAAAAUACACCAAGUCAUCAAGCAUAUCAAGACAGAUGCUUUGUUUUUGCGCUUGUCAAGAAAUACUGAGCGAUUGCCACUCACGUAUUAUGCAAAUCCGAAGCAAGAACCACUUAUUGGAACAAUUUUUCACUGCAAAUUACCUGGUUUUGAGCUUAAAUUGUGCAAUAGGUAAUAAAUCUCAUCCGCUCCAAAA